AUGGAUAAUGUGCAUACUCGCCCAGCCACCACUCAGGUGGUGCAUGCUCGCCCAGCCUCCACUCAGGUGGUGCAUGCUCGCCCAGCCACCACUCAGGUGGUGCAUGCCCGCCCAGCCUCCACUCAGGUGGUGCAUGUUCGCCCAGCCUCCACUCAGGUGGUGCAUGCCCGCCCAGCCUCCACUCAGGUGGUGCAUGUUCGCCCAGCCUCCACUCAGGUGGUGCAUGCUCGCCCAGCCUCCACUCAGGUGGUGCAUGCUCGCCCAGCCUCCACUCAGGUGGUGCAUGCUCGCCCAGCCACCACUCAGGUGGUGCAUGCUCGCCCAGCCUCCACUCAGGUGGUGCAUGCUCGCCCAGCCACCACUCAGGUGGUGCAUGCUCGCCCAGCCACCACUCAGGUGGUGCAUGCUCGCCCAGCCUCCACUCAGGUGGUGCAUGCUCGCCCAGCCACCACUCAGGUGGUGCAUGCUCGCCCAGCCACCACUCAGGUGGUGCAUGCCCGCCCAGCCUCCACUCAGGUGGUGCAUGCUCGCCCAGCCACCACUCAGGUGGUGCAUGCUCGCCCAGCCUCCACUCAGGUGGUGCAUGCUCGCCCAGCCUCCACUCAGGUGGUGCAUGCUCGCCCAGCCUCCACUCAGGUGGUGCAUGCUCGCCCAGCCUCCACUCAGGUGGUGCAUGCUCGCCCAGCCUCCACUCAGGUUGUGCAUGAUCGCCCAGCCACCACUCAGGUGGUGCAUGACUGCGGACGCCAGUUCGUGUGGGCCCCAUGUCAUGCGCGAGGGAGGAUUGGUGUCUGCGUCGUUACACUAAUGGCCCAGCAGAGACAGGUCAGGACUCAAAGAAAACAGUGA